AUGGCGCAUGCCCAGGAUUCCCAAGAACCUCAUAAACGGAAACGGGACGCAGACGACAGCGGCAGCCAGCCAGCUCACUCCGAUCGCAUUCCCCAGCCUCCUCCGCCUCAGUCAGGCAACUCAUCCAUCAUCAACUACCUCUCCAAAGCCAGUGCUGGCAAGCUCAGGCUCAUACAGGGCGAGCCUGACACUUUUACCGAUGUUCUUGGCCUAUUAAACCAGUAUGAAGGGGUACUCAAUAGACAUGAAAGUCUGGCAGCAAACUUGGGCGCGAAACUAACAGGCCCUCGCCUGCUCAAGGCUAUGGAGGGUGCCUUUGAAGGCCCCAUCAUCACAAAUCCGCCCGCCGCAUACGGCGCGGCGUCUGUGGGCUGGCUGGACAUUGUCUCAUUUGCCAAGACGAAUCCAGAGAAGUUCGUCUUGACCACCGGCCACGACGGAGAGCGCACUUGCCAGUUCUACUUGAACGGCUUGCAGGUCCAGAUCCUGGAGGACGACUGGCGACUCAUUAUGAAUGGUGCUCUGGACAGGUUUUCCAUUGUCUCUACGGCCCCAUUGGAAGAGGACGAGACGGCCGAAGUGGCCACCCUGGAAAUCGUGGAACAACGACUGCAGGUGCUCAUCAAGAAGGCCGACGAAAUUGCCAAGAGGGCGCGACAAUUAAACUACCAUCUGAGUGGUCGAAAAGCCGGCAUCAACUCACGCCACGGGGGCCAAACAUCGAGCAACUCCACGUUCUCCUCCGUCAACCUUUCUCAACGUCAUGUCGGCAGUCAUGGUUCCGGUUAUGACUUGCAUGCCGAUCUACUCCAGCAAUUUCUAUCAACAUCUCAGAUCUAUCCUCCGCGCGUUCCAUCGAGUGCCGGCCUAGAGGUUCACUCCGGGCAACAUACGCCCCCUGCAACGAACCCUCAUCCGCACUCGCUUCCUCUGCAGGGCCGUCCGCCAGUAGCAGUGCAUCCCCCGGUCAUCCCUCAGCGAGACUCUUCAUACGACCCUUCAUCCGCGCACAGAGGCAUUAUCACAGCACGAAUCGAGAAGUUGAGCAAAGGGGAUCAGAUUUGGCCCCCGUGCGACCGCUGUCGUAGACUCAAAUCGCCUUGUGUAAAGCAUUUGACAGCUUGCCAAGGCUGCACUAAAAAGCACGCCAAGUGUAGCUGGAAGACUAUCACAGAAGAAGAGGUUGCUUGGCUUAAUCGCGAGGCAAGCAGCAGUGCCGAUGAGGCGCACGUCGAGUCCAAUCCAUCAAGUCAGCCGCCGCCGCGAACAUUAAGAUACGAUCCAACUCAGGAUGAUGGUCGAUCCAACGACGAGGCGCCUCCUUCGGCAAGUCUGGUACCUGGCGAGGUUUCGCGACCGGCAAGCCGAGGUCAGCAAAGCCAUCAGAGCCAUCAGAGCCAUCAGAGCCACCAAGGACACCGCCAGCGCUCUCCGAUGGAGGCUGGAUCCCGCAGCCGAACGAGUAGUUUCAUGGAUGUGGAACACGAGCCGCCGCCUAAUGCGAAAACCUGGAUGCCAGAGCCGCAUCGCGGCGAGCAGCUUCCCAGCCUAAAAAGAGACCAUUUGCUACUGAGUCAUAUGGCGUCGGCAGCGACUGCAGCGGCCGACGCCAGGGAUGCCAACAAUACACCAACAGGAAACCUAACGGGACGGUAA